AUGGCUCAGAUAGCUAAGAUGGAAGCCCAAGUAGUGAUAAAGUCCCCUGCCAAUAAGUUCCACGAGGUCUUGAUCAGCGAAGCUCAUCUCCUUCCCAAGGCCUGCCCCGACAAAAUCAAGAGCAUCGAAGUGGUUGAAGAUGAUUGGAAGAGUGUGGGUUGUGUCGAGCUCUGGACUUACUGUAUCGGAGCCAAGCACACCACCUUCCUAAUAUCUGCUCCGAUAAAAUACACAAAAUCGAGGUACAUGAAGGUGACUGGGAGACUCAGGGAUCCGUCAAGCAUUGGAGUUACACCAUUGGAGGGAAUUCUAAGAGUAUUAAGGAGACUGGAAUCAAUAGAUGAAGAGAACAGGUCCAUCACGUUCAAGGUUUUGGAUGGGGAGCUGUUGAACGACUACAAGAGCUACAAGUUCACCACACAAGCGAUACCAAAGGGGGAGGGCUGCUUGGUGAAAUGGACCGCUGAAUAUGAGAAGGCAAGUGAGGAUGGAUCAGAUCCCCGUGGCUACCUGGAGCUUGCAGUUAAUAUCACCAAAGAUAUCGAAACCUUGGCUAGUUACUAUCUGGUUUCCAAAGAAAGAAGAAAUGAGUUCUACGAGGUCUUCAGCAGCAAAGCUCAUCUCAUUCCCAAGGCCUGCCCUGACAAAAUCAAGAGCAUCGAAGUGGUUGAAGGUGAUUGGAAGAGUGUGGGCUCUGUCAAGCUCUGGACUUACUGUAUCGGGGCAAAUACUUCAUCUAGCAAGGAGAGGGUGGAAAAGAAAGACGAUAAGAACAAGUCCAUCACUUUCAAGGCCCUGGAUGGAGAGGUCAUGAAGGAUUUCAAGAGCGUCAUCUCCAUCCUUGAAGUGAGUGCAAAGGAUGACGGCAGCCUGGUGAAAUGGACUUUGGAAUAUGAGAAGUCAAAUGAGAAACUCCUACCUCCAGAUGCUUACCUCAGCCUUGUAAUUAGUAUGAGUAAAGAUAUCGACGCUUACCUUCUCAAGGCAUAAGCCGCAUAACAAGCCCUAUAUCCUUGACUUGAUUAGCCUGGGUCCUCCUGGGAAUAACGGAGUUGCUAUGCGUACCUCCAUAUUAUAUUAUCGACACCUACUGGCUACUGCUGUACUCCAUGUAACUUCUUUCUGUACUUAAUUAUAUGAGCUUCCUGAAUUAA